CCCCUAUGACAAGAAUCUUACUCGAGAGCAAUUGAUGGAGCGAGUGGAGGGGUAUUUUGCCUUCCUCGGCCCUGAGUUUCUUGAGAAGGGCAAGGCACCCAACCUUGUCAUACUGACAAACUACGUCAUGGGCUACUACAACGACCCGGCGUUCCUGGAGGAGGACAUUUCGGAGCUGGACAAGAACGACUACGACCAUCUGGCAAGCUGGGGCAAAGACGCGUUUCUGCGCCGUUUGGAAUUUGAGAAUGGCCCGCUACGUGACCAGGUGGAGGCGCACACCCAGAAGCUGCUGGCAGAGCGGGAGGCAGUUGCAAAGAAAGCCGCUUCUUCGGCCGAUCCGGUCAAGACGGGCUGA